CAAGUGUUUACUGGAUAAUCUCCCUCUUGUACUCUGUCCAUGUGACUCUCUCUCUGUCUCUCUAAUCCUCCUACAGUUAUUCUCACCUUAAAUCGCCACUCAUCCUGCAGAGUGUCUCAGGGUGACAACAGAGUGGAGAGGCAGGGCAGCCAUGGUGAGUCCCGGGCAGAAAGUGGUGCUGAUCACAGGCUGCUCCUCCGGUAUCGGUCUGAGGAUGGCCGUGAUGCUGGCCAAGGAUGAAAAGAAGCGCUAUCACGUCAUAGCAACGAUGCGUGACCUGAAACGUAAAGAUAAGCUGGUGGAAGCUGCCGGGGAUGCAUACGGGAAAACUCUUUCUCUGGCUGUACUGGACGUCUGCAACGAUGAGUCCGUCAAACAGUGUCUUAAUGGCAUUAAAGAUCGACACGUGGAUGUCCUCAUCAAUAACGCAGGUAUCGGACUAGUGGGUCCAAUAGAGAGCAUCCCCAUCGAAGAGAUGAAGAAAGUGUUUGAGACCAAUUUCUUUGGGGUGAUCCGCAUGAUAAAGGAGGUGAUACCUGACAUGAAGAAGAGGAAAGGAGGACACAUCAUCGUGGUCAGCAGUGUGAUGGGACUGCAAGGUGUGGUGUUUAAUGACGUGUAUGCAGCUUCCAAGUUUGCCAUCGAGGGCUUCUGUGAGAGUUUGGCUGUGCAGCUCUUGAAGUUUAAUGUCACCUUGUCGCUGAUUGAGCCGGGCCCGGUGCGCACAGAAUUUGAGGCGAAGAUGAUAGAGGAUGUGAAGCAGAAGGAGUAUCCUGGAGCUGAUCCUGAUACGGUGAAUUACUUCAAAAACGUCUACCUUCCUUCUUCUGUUGACAUCUUUGAGACACUGGGACAAACGCCUGAUGACGUCGCCAGGUGUACCAAGAAAGUGAUUGAAGCAAGCAGGCCGCGCUUCCGUAAUCUGACCAACCCCUUGUACACUCCCAUCGUAGCGCUGAAAUACGCUGAUGAAACUGGAGGCCUGUCUGUCCAUGCCUUCUACCAGAUGCUCUUUAACCUGGGACCUCUAAUGCACGUCAGCAUGACUGUCAUGAAGUACCUCACCUGUGGAUGUCUGAGGAGCAGGACAGUUGCACCGAACUAGAAACUUAUAUCUUUUACACAAAUGUGAAACUCCGUGAGGAUUUAGACCACAAGCUACCUUGGCUUAAAAACAGCUUUAAAUAGAUAAUCUUUUGUGAGCUGCCAUAUUUCCUUCUGUUUAUAAAUUUAUCUAAUAAGCAUUACCCCGCUUGUAGAAGAACCAGAAUUUUUUAAUAUUUCGAAACAUAUGCAGGAUGAGUUCAUAAGUUUUGUCCAGAGCAUCAACUGGGGGAACAUACUUGUAGGAAAAUCUCUGGAAGAAGACAGUCAAAGAUUUACCGAACAUCUGCAGAGAUCAAUUGAUGCAUUUACAUGCAACAACAACAUUGGUAAAAAAAAAAUAUCAUUAAGUCUAAUGACUAAACGGGAUAUGGCUUUAAAGUCUGCCAUUGAAUCUAAAGCAAGCAGAGAUAGACAUACUUUCACUGUGCUACGGAGUCAAAGAGAUAAGGGUGGCCAAAGCUAACUUUUUUUUUUACCAUAAUUAAAAAAAAAAGCAGAAAGUAAUACUAAAAUUAUUUGGAGCCAGUUAAGAAAACUAAUGGGACAUAAUGUUAACAAUGCCAAAUCACUUGAACGUUGUUAGUUGAAAAUUAAGAGACAAGCCAGCUGAGGUAGCUACAGUUCUCAAUAAUCAUUUCAUUGACUCAGAAGAAAAUAUUAUUAAGUAUUUUUCCUCUGAACACAAGAAUCCUCCUUGCCAAGUCAGACAGUUAGAAACCAGCUUUUAAUAUAAAUAUAUCACUGAGGUAGAUGUUAUAAGAGUGAUUUGAUCUCUGAGACCAUCGCGAGCAAAAGAUGUCAUUGGUAUGAACUCUAUUAUGCUGAAAGACCUUUCAGAAAAUUUAUCCUAAUCAAUUACGGAAAUUUUUAACCUUUAUCCUACUUAACACAACGGAACCAGUUUGUUAGAGUCAAUCAGGUGCUCGCUCCUUAUCUGCCGGUGUUCCACAGGGAUCGAUUUUGGGUCCACUUUUAUCUUCUUUGUAUGUAAAUAACAUGCUAAAUGUUUGUCCCAAUGCCAUCACCCAAAUGUAUGCAGAUGACACAGUAAUCUUUGUACAUGCUGACAAUGCAGCUCAAACUGCUGAUCUGCUAACAAACUCACUGCAAAAAAUAACAGAAUGGCUAAAUCACAAUUGCCUUCAACUGAAUGUAUCCAAAACUGUAUGUGUGUUUUUAAGUAAAUUUAAAAGUUGUUGUUCACAUCACCGGAUGUAGUUGUAGUGGGGGAGAGACUUCAAGUUGUUUCACAUUUCAAAUACCUUGAAAUAUACAUUGAUAACAAUCUUAUUUUUAAAUUGCAUAUGAAGGUUUGUAAUAACAUUAAGUUUAACCUGGCAAACUUCAGACACGUCUGCAGUUGCAUGUCACCAAGGGCCGCUAUGAGGUUCAUGCACUCAAUGAUUUUAUCCCAUUUCACCUUCUGUUUGACAACCUGGCCAAAAGCAAACAACACUUCUCUCAAACCACUACUCUCUCUAUACAAACAAAACUCUUAAAAUACUUGAUAGGAAAUCCAUACACUGUCAUCAUUGUCAUGUUU